AUGAAUCAUAGAGAUAAUCAGCUGAUUAGUCAAUUAUUUAAUAAUGUUAUUAUUAGAAAAAGAUUAUUUUAUUAUGUACAUGUUAUCAACUCGUGGAAUGAAGCAUUACGUAUGCAUAGAUUAAAUUACAGGGGAAAUGACUCUUACAACAAGUUACAAUCGAUUGAUAGAUGCAAUUCAAUCGAAGAUGUACAAUAUUUUGUAGAUCAGGAUGAAUUUGUAUUAUUCAAGUGGAAGGAGAUUAAAGAUAGUGUUAUCAAUCUAUGUCGGUUUGGGUAUCUUGAUAGAUUAAAACUGGUACUUGAACAACAACAGUCAUCUGACGAGUCAACACUAGAUCAAUAUAAAUGGUAUGAAGAUGACCAAGAUCUAGAAGAAGUUGCAGAGAAGAAGAAGAAACCAUUCUCAUCUUUCUUGGAUAGAAUGAUUGCAGAUGCUUGUUUUGGAGGUAAAUUACAUAUCAUUCAAUAUCUAUAUGAAACCUACAAACAUCUUGGUGGAGAAGUGUUGGAUCAAAUUGAAAGGUCAUCAAUCGCAUAUUCUCGUUUGGACAUAUUCAAAUAUGCAAUUGAAUUGGGUUUGGAGACUGGUGGUAGUAGUAUUGGUACUACUACUGACAAAGACACCAGAGUAGAAAGAACUAAAAAUAUAAUGAUGUCACAAGUUUAUGUAAAGAUGGGUGACACUCGAUUUACAGAUAGUGUCAUUCGAUAUCUUGUAGAAAUUGACCUGCAAAAGAAUAAUGGAGAGAUUGGUAGUGGUGAUGGACAUUAUUUACUAGACUAUGAUAUAAUAUCAAAGAAUUUUGGUGUGUUGGGAGCUGGUGUAAUACAAUUCCUAUUCGAAAAUGGAUUCAAAAAGUUUGUUAAAGGAAGUAAUGGUUUAAAGGAUAUGUCACAAACCAAUAAUAUUGGACUGUACAGAUACCUAAAGAGUAUCAAUUAUGCUCCACUUGGACGAUACGUACAGGUUGAAAUGAUGGUUGAUGCAAUGGGUAGUUGUCCAAUCGAUAUUAUUCAAGAAGCGCCACCAUACAAAGAUAAAAAUUAUCGUAAUGACAAUGAAUUGAAUCAUUUUGCAUCUCGUGGACACUAUGAAUUGGUCAGAUACGUGUUUCUCGAACUAAAAUGUAAACGUACCUAUGCCAAGGUAUUCGACAAUGGUGGCGUUGGUAAAUACCCAGACAUCUUUUUCUUUCUACUAGAGCAGUACAGGUUGGAUACUGACCCCAACAAAGAAUCGAUUACAUUCACCAAAGCAUUACUCGAUGCCAUUAAAUUUGGACAACUCGAAAUUAUACAAACCAUUGAAAAGGAGGAUCCAGUUUGUUUUAAAGAGAUUGCACUAGUUGGAGAGAAUAUAUCAAAAUGUAUUUUAAAUAGAAAUUAUAAACCCAAUCAAAGAUCAAUCAACAAUAACAUUUCAACAUACAAUCAAACAUUUUUCUAUUUAAUUGAAAAAAGAGAUAAAUUAAAUAACAAUCAAGACGAAGACAACAACAAAACAAAUGAUAAACAAUUAUUGGAUAUUUUAUUAAAAAAGGCAGUUAGAAGAGAUAAUAUACAUUUGGUUGAAUGGGUUUUGGAAAGAUCUAAAACACUAGAGAUUCAACUUGAAAAGAUUCCACUUGAAAAAGCAAAACUUACAAGUUUGGAGAUGAUCGAGUUGAUAUACAACACAUUUUACCUCGAUCAAACAAUCGAACCAUUCAGAUUGUAUACAACUGAUUUGGAAAGACUACAAAAAUUGUUGGUCAUCAUGAAAGUGGAACCAAUCGACUAUUACACCAAAUGGGUGACGCUCCAAGCUCAUCUUCAAAAUCAAAUAGAAGCAUGUAGCUAUGACAUGGUAGAAUUCAUAUUCAAUUUGAUUCAACAACAUAAUCAAACUUGGAAUCCUAACCCAGAAGGUUUCGACUUUCAAAAAACAUCUUACUUUCACUCUGACUUUUUGAAAUUGGUUAUACUUCUUUGUAAUCUUGGUUAUCAAAAAUAUUUUAAAGAAUAUUUAUUUGAAGAUUUUGCAGGUCACAAGUAUUCUGGAUUGAGACAAACACAUCAUUAUAUAGAAUCAUUUAUUUAUUUAUACAAAUUACAAAUGAAUGGAGAAAUUGAGGAUAAAAAAUUCAAUGUAACAGAAAUAUAUCAAAUUGCAAAGAAACAAAAGAAUAAUGGUAUUGCGAGAUUCCUAUAUUUUAAUUCAAAUGAAAAAGUACUUGCUCCAAAUGAUCCAAUACCAUUUAAAUAA